GGAAGCGGCGUGAUGUCAUGUCCGGGUUCCGUUGGCUGCGUCGGGACGGUGGGCCCCGCGGCAAGAUGGCGGACCUGUCUCUGGACGAGCUGAUCCGGAAGCGCGGCGUGACGGUGAAGGGGAGGCUUAACACAAGACCAGUGUUUGGAGGCGUGAGGUCUCGCGUUGGGAUCCAGCAAAAUCUUCUGAACAGACCAUCGCCAGCUGUCAGCUUCCAGCGGACAUUUGAUGCCCGACAGAAGAUAGGACUCACUGAUGCCCGACACAAACUGGGGGUUAAAGAUGCCCGUGAAAAACUGGUUCAAAAGGACGCUCGGUUCAAAAUCAAAGGGAAGGUGCAGGAUGCUCGAGAGAUGUUGAAUUCCCGUAAACAGCAGAGUGUUGCUGCUGAAAAGGUGACCAAAGUGGUGGAUGCCAGAGAGAAGAUCAGCUUAAAAAGGAGCGUUCCAGCUGCUAUCAGCCCAACUAUGGGGACAGUAAAUCCAGCCAUGAAAAUCACCAAAACUAUCCAACAGAAAGCUCCAGUUCCUGGCCACUCUCAUCCAUCUGGAAUGAGGAUCAAUGUGGUGAACAACCAUACGCACAAACAGGGUCUGUAUGACACAGAAGAUGAUGAUGAAAGUGUCUCUCCCCUUACUAGCAAACAGAUGAAAAUCACCACUACAAACAGUUUCCUGCACAACGCGGCAAGGAAGGGAAGCUUUCUGCUGCUUCUAGAGACUGGACAACAUCAAAGCAGGAACUCUCUUGUGAUGCAAAAUCUUAAUUGGCAGCACGUUGGGGAGUCCUGUUGCUCUGGAGAAGAUGGAAAUUCAACACAGGCUGGGCUGAGUGGCAAUAAAUUCUCUCUGUCCAAGACUGUUCCUCUCACUAAAGUGGUCCAGAAUGAUACAUACACAGCUCCACCUGCACCUCCCUCUCCUAUGCGGACGAAGGCCUUGACAAACAUGUCCCGAACCUUAGUGACAAAGGAGGAACCUCCAAAGGAACCAGCACCUGUUGAGCUGGCAUUCAGUCCUUUGGAAGGCACAAAGAUGACCGUAAACAAUCUGCACCCCCGAGUCACAGAGGAAGACAUUGUUGAGCUGUUCUGUGUGUGCGGCGCUCUGAAGCGAGCCCGGCUGGUUCACCCUGGAGUGGCUGAGGUAGUAUUUGUGAAGAAAGAAGAUGCUAUCACAGCAUAUAAGAAAUACAACAACAGGUGCUUAGAUGGUCAACCAAUGAAAUGCAAUCUUCAUAUGAAUGGGAAUGUCAUCACUUCAGACCAGCCUAUACUGCUCCGAUUGAGUGAUACCCCUUCAGUGAAGAAGGAAGGAGAACCACGCCGGUCAAGUGCAAGUGCCUCCUCAAAUCCCCCAGCUGAGGUGGACCCUGACACUAUCUUGAAGGCACUCUUCAAAUCCUCAGGGGUCUCUUCCUCUGUGCAGCCCACAGAAUUCAAAAUUAAACUCUGAGAAGGGGGAGUAAGCAGUGGACUGGAAAAUUGAAGUUGGGGAAUAAGAAAAGUGCAGGAGUGCAGAUGUUAUUUACAUUUGCCUGCCUUGAAAUUUGUUUUCUAUGAUCUCUACCUUAUUGUACAGUAGUGUUUCCUCUUGUGUGUGUACUUUCUGUUUUCAUAGUUGGAGUUUUCUUCCACGGUAUUUUUUCCAAAAGAGUAAUCUCCCCAUUCUGCCAGUAAUGUAUUACCAAGCAUAUACCAUGUAACUCCCUCCUUUACUCCAAAGCCCCUAGUGGCCAUUAAAGUGCACAUAGACUUGGAGGGAAGGAGUAGUGAUCUCCUUCUCUUUUCUUCUGACUGACCUUUAACUGAAAAGUGCAUCCCCUUGAUUAUCAACAGGCAAGAACACCACACUGUUUCUGCAAAUGCUGCAUGGGGUACAAAGUCAGGUGUGGCUCUGUACAGGAAGGACCAUCUUGCAUCUUUGCCUUGUAUGCAUUCAGUAGCAUACUGCUUCAUUCUGGCUGUCGGAUAUUUUUCUGCUCAGCAGCUGUUACAUUGAGAAGAAGUGUGAAAAACUGAGCUUCCCACUGUGUAUACAAGCCAGCGGAGGCAGCAAGAGCAUAGGAACAUGUUCCAUUGUGCUGUGGGAGGGAAGCUUCAACUCUGGUAAUGGAGAGAGGUGGGGGGAAGAAAAGGCUCUGGCAUCUGGACAAGGAAUGUAUUUGCCUCUUGGGGUCUGGCCCAGUUGCUCUCUUCUUUCUGGACUGAAAAAUAAGAACCAGUCUUGUGUUCAGAGCUAGAGAAAUCCAAGUGUUUCACUCCUAGUAGGCUACUGCAUCCUCCUACUGAUGCAGGGGUGUUAAAUUUUUUUUUCUUACUUUUUAGUCUCUUAGAGAAGAGCUGGGGCCUUUUUCAGAUACUAAUACACGGGAAGCAGUCUUUUCUUGUGCCUGAGAACUCACUUCUUCGAGGGAUGUCACUUGGGCAGUGUUUGACCUCUGUGCAGGGGUGCUGCUCCGUGCAUGGGUUUGAGGAAUGAUGCUGCACCUGUGGCUUCAGGGAGAGGCUUGGAGGCAGAGCAGUUAGCCCUGUGUAAGGAACACAUAGGAGGGGGGUGUUAAGUCCCAUGUAGAGCAGUAAGGGUGUACUUUAGGCCAGUGAGCAUCCAUGAGGAAGCCAGAGGCCACUAGGUGGCAAUUGAAAUGCGUCCUUUGUUAGUACAGCAUUAUUGCCAUGGAUAUUUGAAGUCCCAGUAGCUCCAUUCGUUUGUUCAAAUUGUGUUAUAAGAGAAGAAAGCAAAUAGUCACUUCCAGAAUCUGGUUGGGGUUUGAACUUGAUCCUUCUAGCUAGGAGACUAACCUAAUCCAUUCUGUUCAGCUCCACUGAACUUUAAUGAGCUCUGUAACUCUUGUAGGUCCAGAUUCCAUUUAUUUGUCAACCCCCACGUUUCUUUUUCUUUCUUGUUCUGUAUUAACUCUUUGCUCAAUCUAGCUUGCGCAAACCAUUCCUCUGUCUCACUGUAUCCCUUUUGGCCAUGGAAGUAACCGAGGACUUGGCAGGACUUGUUUUUUUGGAGUAUUCUUUGGUUUGGAAGCCAAUUAUGCCAUUAUUGGUAGGGUGCUUUGUGUGAACAGCAAAUGUUUGUAGGAGAGGGGACCUAAGACUGCUAUUCUCCUUUUGGUUGGUUGUUUUUUUUUUUUUUUAGAUUGCCCAUCAAACAUCUGUGUUUUAUUAAAAAAACUAAAACUGGGGGGGAGGGUAAGGAAACUAAGGGUUGGAGAAGAUAAUGUAUUACCUGUUUCUGAAUAAACGUUUGUUAUACAGAUA